GCCAAGGAAUGAAAACAUUGUAUAAAUAUUCUUUUAAAUUGCAUAAUCGUGUGUUAACAACUAAAUUGGUUCAAUUAAGUGUUAAAAAAUGCCACUGUCACCUGUCUAUUUAAGCCGCUUUUGGUCUACAACAUUUGGUUAGACAGCAGAGAAAAUUCCAACGAGAUGAACGUGAAUAUUUUGGCAGUAGUACUGUGUCUGGGACUAGCCCUUUAUGAGCCUGUGGCAUCCCAGAGCGCGGCAGACUUGGCUGCCUAUAAGCAGAAGCAGGAUUCAUGCAUCAAGGAGCUGAACAUUGGAGCUGCCGAGGCUGCGCUGCUUGCCACGGACAAAGAGGUGGCCAAUCCCUCGGAGGCCGUCAAGUGCUACCACAGCUGCCUGUACAAAAAGUUGGGCCUGCUCACCGCCGACUCGAAGCCCAUCAAUGAUAUGAUCGUGAAGUUUGCACAGCAACGCUUCAGCAGUGUACCCGCCGACAAGUUGAAGUCUCUGCUGACCAGCUGUGGCGCCACUAAAGCGGCCACCACCUGCGAUUACGUGUACACCUUUGAGAUGUGCAUGGUGAAGGGAGUCAAGGCAUAAAGAGAGCAGCAAAGGAAUUUCUAUGUGUGCACUUGCC